AUUCAUUUAAUCACUCAAGUUCUGAUACUCACACUGGGUGAAUCCUCUCACCCAACAUGUUCCUCUCUUACCCACUUGGCGUAUGAGUUCUGUGAUUUAAGUGGACGAUCUUACCCUUACACUGUGUAUAUUAAACAAUCUUGUUUUUCUCCACCAUACACCCUACCUACCUCACCCUUCCCCCAAUUUUGUGCACGCACGUUUCAUUACACUUCCUCCAUGCCAUCCCCAUUACCCUUACCCCACCUCACCCCACCCCACCUUUGUACACGCAAAGAUAAAAAGGUGGUAAUCAUCAACCCUCAAAAUCCCCCCCUUCAAUUUUCAACUCAAAGCCAUUAAAGAUCAAGAAAGGAUUUGCAUAGGAAGAGAGACAUGAAAGUACCCUUUUCUGCAAAUAAUCAAAGCGACCAAACUGUGAGCUCAAAGCCAUCGAACUGCACCGUUAAUACCACCCCAAACACCAAUUUACAAGACGUCACCACGCCCACCAGCUCUCCUUACGAGCCUAAAUCGGUUCUAGAAAUUCAGGGUAGUCCGAGUCCUGUUGCUGAUAAAAAACCUGCAUCUGACACUGAUAAUUCGAUCGUUUUGGACGAUCCGUUCCAGCUGGAAGAUCAUGUGCUGAGCCACCAGUUUGAUGAUUUGGAUUCUUUCAUGAGAGAGUUUGGUUUGAACGACGAUUCCAGCCCAGUUUCAAAACCAAUUUAUCAACACAGUAUUAACGAGUGCUUCGAUACCAACUCGCUCCAAAUAGGGCAAACGAUAUUAGCACGGCUGAAUCAAACUUUGAGGUCUCCAAUAGGAAAGCCCCCUCAAAGAGCUGCCUUCUACUUCAAGGAAGCCCUUCAAUCCCUAUUCACAGGGUUGACUCAGACCACUCACCCUGCCAGUACUUCAGAAAUUAUCCAGACAAUCAAAGCGCAGAAGACCUUCUCAAGCAUCUCUCCAAUUCCCAUGUUCUCCAGCUUCACGGCUAAUCAAGCCUUGCUCGAAGCCACAGAUGGCUGCACUCAUGUCCAAGUCAUCGACUUUGAUAUCGGGCUUGGAGGCCAAUGGGCUUCCUUCAUGAAGGAACUAGCCAGUAAAGCAGAUUCUCGUAAAAUGACACCACCCGUGCUUCGAAUAACAGCUAUAGUUCCUGAAGAGUAUGCAACUGAAUCAAGAUUGAUCACAGAGAAUUUAACUCAAUUUGCACGUGAACUGAAUAUAAAAUUUGAUAUAGACUUUGUUUCAAUACGUAGCUUUGGAUAUUUAUCUUUCAGAGCAAUCAAGUUCAUGGAUGGAGAAAAAAUUGCAGUUCUUUUAUCUCCAGCCAUAUUCCAACAAAUAGGGACGGGGUUUCUGAAUGAUCUCCGCCAUGUUCCACCGCAUGUGGUGGUGCAUGUGCACAGUGAAGGGCAGAUGGGGUUUGGAACCUCGUCCUAUCGUCAAACUGUGAUUGGUGGGCUGGAGUUUUACACCGGCCUCUUAGAGUCACUGGAGACAGCAAAUGUAAACGAUGAUGGCAGUGAUUGGAUGAGGAGGAUUGAGACUUUUGUGUUCUUUCCCAAGAUUCUCAAGGCAAUGGAGGCUGCUGGCCACCAAGGGCCGCCAUGGAGGGAGGCUCUCGUUGCAGUGGGAUUGAGGCAGGUGGGGCCGAGUCAUUUUUCAUACCUUCAAGCUGAGUGCUUACUAAGGAGGAUGCAAGUAAGAGGAUUCCACGUUGCAAAGCAUCAAGAGGAGAUGCUGCUUUACUGGCAUGACAGGCUACUUUUUGCAACGUCAGCUUGGAAGUAUUAAGUGACUGCAUCAUCUUAUUAAGAUCAAUUAAACUCUUUAUGUGUGGUCUGUAAUUUAUAUUUCUGUUUUUAGCUGGGAAAAUAAGGAAUCAGUCUUUCAUUUUUCUUAUAAUUGCAUUCAUACUUUAAA